CGACGUGCGGAGCAUCUUCGAGCAACCGCAGGAUCCCCGCGUCCUAGCCGAGAGAGGCGAGGGGCACCGUUUCACGGAACUGGCACUGCGGGGCGGCCCGGGCUGGUGUGACCUGUGCGGACGAGAGGUGCUGCGGCAGGGGCUGCGCUGCGCUAACUGUAAAUUCACCUGCCACCCAGAAUGCCGCAGCCUGAUCCAGCUGGACUGCAGACAGAAGGAGGGCCCUGCCCUGGAUAGACACUCUCCAGAAAGCACCCUUACCCCGACCUUCAACCAGAAUGUCUGCAAGGCAGUGGAGGAGACACAGCACCCGCCCACGCUACAGGAGCUCAAGCAGAAGAUUGAGAGCUACAACAGCCGGGAGAAGCACUGCCUGGGCAUGAAGUUGAGUGAAGAUGGCACCUACACAGGUUUCAUCAAAGUGCAUUUGAAACUCCGGCGGCCAGUGACAGUACCUGCUGGGAUCCGGCCCCAGUCUAUCUAUGAUGCCAUUAAGGAAGUGAACCCCGCAGCCACCACAGAUAAGCGGACAUCCUUCUACCUGCCACUUGAUGCCAUCAAGCAGCUGCAUAUCAGCAGCACCACCACUGUCAGCGAGGUCAUCCAGGGGCUGCUCAAGAAAUUCAUGGUUGUGGACAACCCACAGAAGUUUGCACUUUUUAAGCGGAUACACAAAGAUGGACAAGUGCUCUUCCAGAAACUCUCCAUUGCUGACUGCCCUCUCUACCUUCGUCUGCUGGCUGGGCCUGACACUGACGUACUCAGCUUUGUGCUAAAGGAGAAUGAAACCGGAGAGGUAGAGUGGGAUGCCUUUUCCAUUCCUGAACUCCAGAACUUCUUAACUAUCCUAGAAAAAGAGGAGCAGGACAAAAUUCACCAAGUGCAGAAGAAGUAUAACACAUUCCGGCAGAAACUGGAGGAGGCGUUACGGGAGUCCCAAGGGAAGCCUGGGGAGAAGAACAGGGCAUGUUUGUAGAAAGCUCUCCUGCUGGCUUGCCCCUGGCAGGAAGACGACAAUGGUGGUGUAGAGAGGAGGGCCUCAGAGCACAGGGUGACGAUCACACACCUCUUUGCCAUCAAGCUUCCUGAUCAGACUCUGACUUGAAGAUGUGAUAUUAUUAAACCACAAUGAGAGCAUCAGAUUAUGACUCCAGCUCUGACUAGUGCAGACUGAACACAAAUUAGCCAGGACUGCAGAGACACUCAAUAGAGGGGAUUAAAACUUGUCCCUUUCAAAGAAGGCCAGUGUUCCAAUGUAGCCUCAGAAGAGACCACUUUCUUGUUGCCCUUGCCUCUCCACACCCCUCGGGUCGUUUCAAGCCCAAGCUUCUUCAUGUAGCCUCAAAAGUUCCCUCCCCAGCUCAGGCUAGUCCACAUCGCUCCUGUCCCAGAGGAAUGCUGGGUCCUUGUCAUUCAGUCUUCUUCAGAGCUGCCAAAGCAACACAAGCUAGCAACUCUGAGGCUGUGCAUGCUAUCAACCCUGGUUGUCAGCCACCUGGUGCUCAGCCUCAUCACUUCCCUCCCUCCUGUGGAUUACAGGGACAGAUGGAAGUCAGUCCCUUCACCCUGCAUGUCUGUAGCAUUAGGAGAAGGCAUGGCUCCUGCUGCAAACACUGUGAAUGCUGCUGAGAACCUCCCUCCAUGGAUGGCUAUUUUAUUUUUGAGAAGAAAAAAAAGUCACAUAUAUA